ACCCACCCCACCUCCUCCAAACAAUUUGAUCUUCACCUAUGUAUACAGAUAUGCGUUACAUUCCUGUCAAUCUUUUCGUACAGGGACUGCUGAAUGCAUAGUUUUUCGUAUUAAACCAGGAAAUAUCAUAUCACAACUCCAAUUAUACCCAACAACUUCCUAAAAGAGCACGACCCUUUUCCGUUUUCUUGAUUUUCUCCUCCUUGUUUCAUCUUUUUUGGCACGCGAUUUCAGUGCUCUGUUUUGACUCUGUUUCCAAGAUCGAGUCUUUACCCUGCAUGAAAAUGAGGAUUGAGCCGAACGGGAGCGGCGGGAGGGGGAAAAUGAGCAGUGAAUCGAGGAAGGGGAAGCGGCGGCAGAAGAGGAUUCCUGCUGUUCAGAAGCUUUAUGAGACUUGCAAGGAGGUUUUUGCUGAUUGUGGGCCUGGCAUUGUUCCCUCGCCCGAGAAUGUCGAGAAACUUGCUGCUGUUUUGGAUGGAAUGACUCAAGAAGAUGUAGGCUUGCGGCCAAAUAUGCCGUGUUUCAGCAAGGAACGCACGCCUAUCAUAACUUAUAUGCGCCUCCAUGAAUGCGACAAAUUCUCAAUUGGUAUCUUCUGCUUGCCCCCGAAGACUGUCAUUCCACUUCACAGCCAUCCCGGAAUGACAGUUUUCAGCAAGCUCCUGUUUGGCACAAUGCAUAUCCGGUCCCUUGACUGGGCGGACAAGGCGGAUGAUUGCAAAACGAUGAGUGCUGUGGAUCCCAAAAACGACAAUGGUCUAUGUCUGGCUAAGGUCAAGGUGAAUUCGGAGCUCACCCCACCUUGCAACACCUCCAUUCUCUAUCCAGCCGAUGGGGGCAACAUGCACCGGUUCACUGCCAGGACAGCGUGCGCUGUUCUCGACGUGCUUGGCCCUCCAUACUGCGACCCCGAAGGCCGUCACUGUCAGUACUACCAAGAGCUGCCAUUUCCCCAAAUUUCAGUGGGCGGCAGCGACGUGUCGGAGGAGGAGAGGUUUGCAUGGUUGAAGGAGAUGGAAAAACCAGAUGAUCAUGUGAUUGUAGGAGUGGCAUAUAAUGGUCCUAAGAUAGUGAGGAAGUGAUGAUGGUUUAAAGAAGGAAGUAAAAAUCAAUCUCCUUAAGGAUAUAUAUUUCCAAAUGUAGUACACCUUUCUUGUCCAUUUUUUGUCCCCUCUCUCUCUUGAAAGGGGGUGUGUGUGUGAGAUUUUAUGUCGCCCCCUUUUUUUUUGGAAAGUUUUAUGUAAAUAUUGGCAGACAACUAUAGAGGAUGAAAACAGAGGUUUCUAUAUGCACAUGAGGGAGUAAUUUCUAUGUGCAUCAACAAAGAAUUUGCCUUAAUCUUUCACUUA